AUGAAUCCCGCAACUUUUCUGCGCGUCCUCGGACCCGAGCCGUGGUCGGUGGCCUACGACGAGCCAUCAAUACGACCAGAUGACUCUCGGUACGGGGACAACCCCAAUCGCCUUCAACGUCACACUCAAUUUCAAGUGAUUGUGAAGCCGGCCCCGAAGUGUCCACAGGAGCUUGUUGUCGGUAGCUACGAGGCUCUGGGUAUUGAUACAUCCAAGCAUGACAUUCGCUUCGUUGAAGAUAAUUGGGAAAGCCCAGCUCUUGGCGCAUGGGGUCUUGGGUGGGAAGUGUGGCUUGACGGAAUGGAAGUUACCCAGUUCACGUACUUUCAACAAGCGGGCAGUAUGCCUCUGGAGAGCGUUUCUGUUGAGAUCACUUAUGGUCUCGAACGAAUAAUUAUGUUGCUUCAGGGAAAGAAACAUUUUAGAGACAUUGUUUUUGCUCCCGGUAUUACCUAUGGUGAGAUAUUUAUGCAAAAUGAAGUUGAGAUGAGUCGCUACAAUCUAGACGAGGCCGACGUCUCCCGGAACAAUCAGAUGUUCGAGCUCUACGAGAAAGAAGCUCUCUUUCUGCUGUCAAAGAGACUUCCUGUACCAGCGUACAAUUAUCUCUUGAAGGCGAGUCAAACGUUUAAUAUCCUUGACGCUCGUGGUGCCAUCGGCGUAACUGAGCGCGCCCGUUAUUUUCAGCGAAUGCGACUUUUAUCUCGCGAUGUUGCCAGAUUGUGGGUGGAGCGAAGGGAGGAGGAAGGUUUCCCUCUAAUUCUCAAGACUACAAGCCAGGACACAAAGGAAAUGCAAACUUCUCUUCCAGUACAUAUGCCUUCGCCUUCUAGUGAUACAGCAGAUUUCGUUUUUGAGAUUGGACUUGAAGAACUGCCCGCCUCUGAUGUGCCCAGCACUAUAUCUCAGGUGAAAACCUUACUUUCCGAAAUUCUUUCGGCUGAGAAAUUAUCGCACUCCGCUCUUGAGGUUAACGGUACGCCGAGACGUGUGUGUGCACUUGUGAAGGGCCUCAAAACUCGACAGGAAGACGAAUCCAUGCGGAUUCGGGGGCCACCGCUACGGAUUGCACUGAAGGACGGCAAAAUGACAAAAGCGGCACAAGGGUUUAAGAGGUCUCAAGGUGUCGACGACAGUUGCAUUGAAGUAUGCGAAGACGAUGGCUAUAUGUAUGCCAAUGUGGAGUACACAGGUAAGACGGCGUUUGAGGUCUUGUCGGACGCAAUUCCAUCUGCCCUGCUUAGCAAGAUUAAUUUUGUUAGGAGUAUGCGCUGGAAUGACUCUGGGGUCUCGUUCUCCCGGCCCAUUCGUUGGAUGGUUUGUUUAUUGGGUGAUCAAGUUGUUCCAUUUGCAUUUGCCGGCGUGCAGUCCGAAAGAACCACACGAUCGUUGCGACAAAGAAACGGGUUUGCGAAUGAUGUCGAAAUCCGUUCGGCAUCUGAAUACCAAUCUGUCCUUUCGAGACUAGACAUAGUGCCUUCGGGAGAGGAGCGAGCGAUAAGAAUACGCAUGGGAGCAACAAGUUUAGCGAGUGACGUGGGUGGUCACAUACCACCUGAGUACCUCAGUGGACCCCUUUUUGACGAGAUAACAAAUCUGGUGGAGAACCCGAUUCCGAUACUUGGUCGCUAUGAUGAGGCGUUCCUCAGGCUCCCAGAGGAAGUUUUGGUCACAGUCAUGAAGAAGCAUCAACGGUAUUUUCCUGUAGUGAGCAACGCGACUGGUGACUUGCUGAAUGCUUUUGUGACAGUUGCUAAUGGGGAGUCUGAUAAUAUCGACCGAUGUGCUGUACGACAAGGAAAUGAAGCAGUUCUACAAGCAAGGUAUUCAGACGCGACAUUCUUUUACACCAAGGAUUCGGACGGGAAGACUCUCGGUGACUUCGUGCCGCACCUCAAGAGCAUCACCUUUCAGGAAUCAAUGGGAUCUAUGCUGGAGAAAGUUCGAAGGGUUGAAGCCACGACUCGUGAUCUGUGUAAUCUCAUGAGUUUAGAUGAAUACGAGUCAGAAACAGCUGCACUUGCAGCAAAACUGUACAAAGCAGAUCUGGCAACAUCCAUGGUGGUCGAAAUGACUGCUCUAGCGGGCAUAAUGGGUCGGCAUUACAGCGAAAAAUCCGGGGAAGUCCCCGUCGCCGUAAGUCAGGCUAUAUUCGAAGCAAAUCUUCCUCGCUUCAGCGGGGAUGAGCUUGCAUCAUCUCUUCCAGGAGCAGCGGUGAGUGUCGCCGAUCGCAUUGAUUCGUUGGUAGCGCUUUUCAGCGUUGGACUGCUGCCGAAGUCCACAUCGGAUCCGUUUGCUCUUCGAAGAGCAGCCCUCGGUGCCGUACAGACAUUGAUUCAAUGCGGAAGAAGUGUGGAUUUACGGGAAAUUGUAUCAAUAUCCGCAGAGGCUAUUUCUUCCCAGACUGGGCAAGAAGUAGAGGCUGACACGGUUCAUGCAGUAGUGGAAUUUAUCACGCGGAGGCUUGAAUCACAUUUACUCGAUGGACUCGAAUAUCAAGAUGAUGUUGUGAAAUCAGUUUUGGCUGUCCCGAAGAAUGCUGUGAAUCCUGUUUCGGCGGAGCGACUGUGCAAGACUGUUUCCAGACUGCUGUCUACUAGUACAGAAAGACAACUCGUCAUAGAAGCACAGGAAGUGCACGGACGAGCCGCACGACUUCUGAAAGGCGUAAAGGGCUUGUCGCUGGAAGAAUUACGGUACCACGCCGUAGACGACAGACUUUUCGAGCACGAUGAGGAACGUCGGUUAUUAGAGGCUAUUCUUCACGACAAGAGCGAUAUCGGCCUAGUCAAUAGACUUCAACGGUUGGUCUUAAUGAAGCAGACAGUCCAUAACUUCUUUGAGAAUGUGUUUGUUAACGCAGAUGAUGAAGCUACUCGAAUGAACCGGCUUGCUCUCUGCGCGAGAGUUGUAGCUGUGUCGGAAGAAUUCUUGGAUUUAAAUCAGUUGGUGCUCUGA